AUGCGCAGAGCUUCCUCCGUCCUGAACAUGCACUCGUCCUUCUUCGCACUCUGCCUGGCGGCGCUUCAUGGGCUGCCACCUGUGGACGGCGCACCGAACCAUUCACCUUUGCUGGGCUCCAACUGGGGAAACCCGAGGAGAUACAUUCACCUCCAGACCACUUCGGACAUGAACAACUUCUAUCUGGAGAUCAGUUUAAAUGGACAAGUGCGAAAAACGACAAGCAGAGGUUCCUACAGUGUGAUUUUAUUAAAGGCUCAAACAAGACAAAGUGUAGCCAUCCUAGGGGUGAAAAGUAACCGCUUCUUGUGCAUGGAUACAGAGGGGAAUCUCUUCAGCUCGCCCAUCUGCAAGGAGGAAGAUUGCAUUUUCAACCACACGCUUCUGGAAAACCGCUACGACGUGUACUACUCAGCCAGAAACGGUAUGCUGGUCAACCUAGACCGGGCCAAGCAGGUUUAUGUCGCUGGGCAAAACCUGCCUCCGUCGGCGAUCUUCUUGCCAGAAACAAAUACCAUACCACUUGAGCGUCUUUUACACAGAGGGAAGAGGAACCGACCACCCAAUCCAGGGGACCCAUAUAACACAGUAGUGGGCUCUGAAGACUCUCAACAGGAACACGACGAUGGAGAAGCGAACUACGCCUCCAUUGAGAAUCCGACCUCCCUAAAUGAUGAGGACCCAUUUAAUGUUCACAUCUCACAUGGGAAUGUCAGCCCCCGUGUUAAUGGGGGUGUUAUGGGCAUACCUGCCAUCAUUUAGCUUUCAAAAUACGGGGGAAAGCCGGGGAAAACGGGAGUGUUGGCAGGUAUGGUUAUGGGAUGAAAUGAUAGUUUGCAGGCUCCAUUAAGGAUGCGGCCAGACAUGCCCGAGAAAGCCAAACUGAAACUUUCCGACCAA